AUGGCCAAUGAGCGCGUUCGUGUCAGAGGAACCAGCAUAUUUCGUCCAAUCAUCUAUGGCAACACGGCAACAGUUUUAACCAGCCAAGAAAAGCUGCUUGCGCCGUCUCAAGAACACACACAUCGAUGGACAGUCGCCGUCCGCAGUGCUGCUUCGCCCCCAAAUUCUGAUCAAGUUGGAGGCGCAGAUGAUUUAAGCUAUUUUAUCAAGCGUGUUACGUUCAAACUACACGAUACUUAUCCAAAUCCAUCGCGCAAUGUCGACAAGGCCCCAUUCGAAUUAACAGAAACAGGAUGGGGUGAAUUUGAGAUCCAAAUACGAAUUACCUUUGUCCCAGAAUCAGGCGAGAAAGCCAUAACUUUUUACCAUCACCUCAAACUUCAUCCUUGGACGGCAACCGGGGAACCAGAAAUUCCACCCUUGGAACAGGCAAUCAAAGCUGGCCCCGUGCAUUCAUGGCAAUACGACGAGGUGGUAUUCAAUGAUCCAUAUCAAAACUUCCUCAACAUUCUUCUUCAACAUCCCCCGACGCCUCUCCCAAAGACAAAGCGCAAGCCAGUUCCAUUUCACCUCGCAAACCCAGGAUCAUUGGAAGCAUCCAAAGGUGGUGUUCCAGAGUUCAAUGCUCAGAUGGAGAAAGAAGAGUCUGAGAGGCUCGAAGAAGCUCGAAAAGCUGUUAUUGCUGAGCAAGAUCGAUGGCGAGAAAAAUUAAUUGAAAAGGAGAGGGAAUUGGAAAGAUUGCAAAGAGAACUCGAUGUUAUGGGGUCAUAG